AUGAAGCUUUCAACUUUCUUCUUCGCCACAACUUUCUUCCUCGCCACAAAUGUAGCCGCAGCAGCACUUGCAGAGCCUUCAGACAAUCGCAUCCCGGAGCCAGAACUCGAGCAAUCUGUUCCAACUCUCGUGGCGGAUGGUCACUUGGAGAUUCGGCAAAACAGAGUCUACAACCAAGACGCUGUCACUGCUACUUCGGAAGCGCCAGUCGUCACGACAUUCUGGCAAGCCAGUCAAGUCGGAACCUCUGUAACCUACAUACAGGUCAUCGUCACACAGACCUUUGCCGAAGUACCUGAUCAAUGGCCGUCGCCAGGUGUCGGAUCUAUCGGAUACGGCACUCUUGUCAAGACCAGGAAAAACAAGCGCGAGGCGGAGCCUACUGGCGGCACGCCGGUCGUCCUUGAACUGCACACCAAAUUCGAGACCAUUUGGCUUCAAUCAGUCACGCAGGUGAUCGAGUUACAUGUCCAGCCAACACUCCCAACGUUCCCUGGCCUCGGCAAUGAGACGGUGAUAUCGAACGACACGACCACCCUCGAGGAGAUAGAAGCAGGCAAGAUGACGGGAGGUCUUUUCAAGGAAACCUUGGCAGCAUUGAAUGAAUUGACUUUUGACCUGCGUGCGACCAGUGGGAAAAUCGCAAUGACCAUGUCAUGUAAAGGUAGCAGUAUGCCUCGCGACAUUCCUUGGAAAGUCUAG